CGCUUCACUUCGACUCUGAAGUCUGUGGCGCUGUGACAUAAUUCCAGUCGCUCAGUACUUUCCUUCUCAGCCAGCCCCGAACACUUUGUGCGAGAGCUAACUUUGCCUCCAUAUCUGAAAAAGCUUCAGAAUCUUGUUGGGUUUUCAGCUCCAUUAGAGUACCGAGCUAGCUGAAAAAGUCAUGUCGGAAAAGGAAGCAAACCCAACGUUUAGCAAGUCGACUGGCCUGCCUCGGAAGCGUUUCUACCGAGCAAGAGCACACAGCAACCCUCUGAGUGACUCCCACUUUCCAGUACCUAUCUCCCCAGGUCAUGUGGAUUAUUCUCUUCAUUACCCGCAACACUUCCCCUCAUCUGAUCAAGUGGAUAGCUGUAAAAAGAUCCAGUUUGCAGAUAUUGGUUGUGGUUUUGGGGGACUGCUGAUAAGUCUUUCAACCCUAUUCCCCGAGACACUGAUGAUUGGAAUGGAGCUUAGAGAUAAGGUGACAGAGUAUGUCAAGGAAAGGAUCGUGGCUUUAAGGGUGACAAAUCCUGGCCAAUACCAAAAUAUCUCAGUGGUUCGGACUAAUUCCAUGAAAUACAUUCCAAAUUACUUUGAGAAAGGACAGCUUUCGAAGAUGUUUUUCCUGUUCCCGGAUCCUCACUUCAAAGAGAAAAACCAUCGCCGUAGGGUGAUCAGUCCAUUCCUACUGGAUGAGUAUGCUUAUGUUCUAGAAGUUGGUGGGAUUAUAUACACAAUUACAGAUGUUGAAGAACUUGGCGACUGGAUGAAGGCUUGCUUGGAGAAUCAUCCUAUGUUUGAAGCUCUCACAGAUGAAGAGCUCAAAGCCGAUCCAGUUACGAAGCUAUUGAGUUCUGCAACCGAGGAAGGACAGAAGGUUGACAGAAAUGGGGGACAGACUUUCCGAGCGGUUUACAGACGCAUUGCACCAUCCCUAUGACUUUCAGCGUCGACCAGUGGAUUGAUUAACUUGGAAUUGUAGUAGAUUUUUUGUGUGUCAGUUGGCAACUGCCAAAGUACUCUUGACAAGGGUUGUCUGGUUUUUGAAGUCUUUGAUUUACUAAAUUUAUUGAACUAUACAUGUUUUUCA